CGUUCCGCCAGACACCGGUCUCGGCGCUCUCGCCCCUCAGUCUCGCUAGAGCGCUUUCGAUACUACAACGUCAAUUUCGACAUGGCGGAUUCAAAUUCAAAUUCGUACGAUAUUAUCAAUAAUUAUUCACCGAAAAUAGAAGUUGAUUCGGAGAGCGAGCGAGAGUAUUCGAGACGGGAUCAGAAUGCGAAAUGUAAGCUGUACUGGACUACGGAGAACACAAUAAAGUUGAUUGAGACUAUGGAGAAGGAAUGUCGAGAGUUGUGGGAUGCGAAGAAUCCGUUGAACCGAGACCGGAACACUAGGCAGGCGAAGUUAGAGUACCUGGCAGAGGUAAUAGGGACUACGUCGGAGGAGAUAAGCAGAAAAGUACAUAAUUUGCGUUCGCAGUUUAACAAUGAGUUGCGGAAAAUAAAGCGAGGUCAGGUGGUGCGCAGCGGGUGGGAGUACUUCGAUGCUCUCUCGUUUCUGAUGCGGACGCCAUCUGCGGAGGCGUUGGAGACUGUUGACGCAGUUAAUUUGGAGUUAGCAGAAUUUCAAGCUGAUGAAGAAGAGGAAUUUGGUGCAGCAGCUCGUGCUCACGUAGCGUUACUCGCAUCGAAUAAUAGUGCUAAUGGCAGCCCCAGUAGGAGGCUGCACAAGCCUCUCAGAGUGGCAGCCUCAGCGCCACUCCCACUCCCUCCCAGCGCCAAUCCUCUCAUGUGGCCUGAAGAACCUACUCCUAGAAUCAGACCUGGAAUCAACGCUGAUGAGUGUCAGAUAUUCGGUGAUUUCGUGGCCUCAGAGCUCAGGACGCUUCGUUCGCAUGAAUCCCGCAAACGUUUGAAGAGGAUGAUCCAGAAAGCCAUCCUCCAGAUCGGAGAGGAAGAGGAUGUCAACAUGAUCAGUGGAUGACAACGACGCCUAUCACUCGAUUCCACCGACUAAACAGUUGUAGUCAAGAAUCUGGUGAUAACAGAGUGAUCUGAGAAAUAAUAUUUCCUUCUUCAAUCUAUGUUUGUAGGUAGUACGUACACAGUGGUGAUCUUAAUUUUACUUUGUAGACAAAAAAGGCGUUUUAUUUUUAUCACUUUAAAAGUGGUUUUAUAGGUGCACAGUGGUGAUA